AUGGGAAUGCCCAAAUUGCAGUGGAUCUCAGUCCACGUGGAAAAGGCCUUGAGGUUGCUUGGGCAAUGUUGGCAGCCCACUGUAUCUGGGGACUCCGAAUCACUUGGACAUCAUGGUGUAUCGGCGGCCACUGUCGGCGUAUCGGCUCUCGCCCAGCAUCUCCUCCACUUUGAGAUCACCUCCCAGGUCCCGAAAGGACUCGACAAGCAUGUUGUCUCGUCCAAAAAGGCUCAAGCUGAUUGGUACAGAAAACUAGUAGAGGCAUGGAGAGAAGCAAAACCCCCUCCAGAAACACCUGAAGAAGCUGCUAGACUUGUCAUUGAGACUCUUAAGAGAGACAAAAAAGCAGAUGUUGAGGGUUUAUUGACUUUCUAUGGUCUCCCUCUUCCACAUACCUUAGUCGAACUUACUGCUGAGGCCCCAACAUCAUUGCCUAUGGGGGUAGAGUAUGAAUGUGAGACGUUGCCGGUUGAUGCAAAAGCUAUAGUAGAUGGAGAUGGUAUGACCGUGUAUGUCAGUACGACAGACCCCCGGGAGUCAUUGAUCGUUCCCAAGGAUGUACAAAUAGCAGCCAUCCAAAGAUCACAAGCACGUGCUGAGAAGAAUUAUAAAAAGGCUGAUGAACUUCAUAAAAUAAUUAUUGAUUCUGGAUAUAGGCUGUUGGCAAUCAACAAUGAGGAGAUCCUUGCCCGUAAGUAUAGAAUUCGACUAAGGGGAAUAGAUGCACCAGAGAAUUCAAUGCCAUAUGGGGAAGAAGCAAAGGAAGAGCUGACUAAGAUCGUUCAGGGAAAGUGUUUGAGAGUCCUUGUUUAUGGGGAAGAUCGUUAUGGCCGCUGCGUAGGUGAUCUAUAUUGCAAUGGCAAAUUCGUACAGGAAUUAAUGUUGAAGAAAGGAUUUGCAUGGCACUACACAGACUUCGACCAACGCCCAGAACUUGCAAAAUGGGAAAAAGAGGCCCGAGCUAAGCGAGUUGGCCUGUGGGCUUCACCAAAUCCUGAGAAGCCAUGGGAAUGGAGAAAGGACAAACGCGAAGGGAGAUAGUGAUGCACGCUUUCUGAUUGGAUGUAUGAAAAAUAGGGAUGAAUAUAG